UUGCACCUUCCCCACACACACUGCUUCCCAUUAAAAGGAAAUAGUUAAGACUAAAGAGAGAUGAAAAUGGCAAACAGCUCCAUUAUUCCCAUCAAGUUUUUGAUACUUGUAGCUCUUGCAAACAUUUGUGUUUCACAGGAUUUUGAUUUUUUCUACUUUGUACAACAGUGGCCAGGUUCAUCCUGUGACACAAAGCAAGGUUGCUGCUUUCCUCAGACAGGAAAACCAGCCUCCAAUUUCACCGUUCAUGGCCUUUGGCCUAAUUUCAACAAUGGAUCAUUUCCAUCCAAUUGCAAAUCUGUAGAAAACUCCUUCGACGAAUCCAAGAUGAGUGACAUAGUUCCAAGAGCAGAAACAAGUUGGGCAGCAUUCUCUUGUCCAAGCAAGAAGAAGACAAACAGCACAAACAGCGACAACAUGAAGCUCUGGAAACAUGAAUGGGACAAACAUGGCACUUGCUCCCACUCUGUUCUUGACCAACAUGCAUACUUUGACUUCACUUUGAACCUCAAGGACCACAUUGACCUCCUUCAAAUCCUUCUAAAUAAUGGAAUCAAACCAGAUGGAAAGAACUACAGCGUUGAAAAGAUAAGACAAGUUAUAAAAGAAGCAACAGGGUUUGAAGCUGGCAUAAGCUGCAACACAGAUGCUUCUGGUAAUGUCCAGCUUAAUGAGAUAGUUCUUUGUGUUGAUAAAUCAGCAGCCUCCAGAAGCUUCAUUGAAUGUCCAAUACUACCAGAUGCAAAUUGUCCAGACAAUGUUGAGUUCCCCAUUUUCUAGUUUAAGGAUUCACUUCAGGAAUUCUGUUCUAUUCUUCUUGUUUGUUAUUGUCAAUUGUUAAUACGAAUAAAUUUUUUUAUUUAUUUAGAAAUCAUGAAAAUAAGUGAAGUCUUUUAAUUAUUUUUCUUAAAAUGAUGUGCUCUAUUAUUCUCAUUUUUUUCAUCUCCUCUAGG